AUGAAUGAUCCAGAGAAAGCAGCACAGACGAUCGCACGUCUCAUCGAGCAACUUCAUGGCAAGAAAUCAUCAUCGCAAGAGAAAGAACUCAGCACCGCUCGGCUUCUAGGCCUAGCCAAAGCUAAAAAAGUGUGUAGAAAGAUCAUUGGACGCAACGUAAACGCCAUGCCUUCCUUCAUAUCACUUCUCAGGAACGGAACCCUUCCAGCAAAACUCAAUUCCGCUUCAAUCCUAACCGUUCUUUGCAAAGACGAAAACAUUCGUUCUAAAAUACUUAUAGGCGGGUGCAUCCCUCCGCUGCUUUCACUAUUGAAAUCUGACUCUGUCGAUGCAAGAAAAGCUGCAGCUGAAGCUAUAUACGAAGUCUCCUUGUGUGGAAUGGAUGAUGAUAAUGUUGGUACUAAGAUAUUUAUCACGGAAGGCGUGGUACCGAGUUUAUGGGAUCAGUUAAAGAUGAAGAAGAAGCAAGACAAGACAGUUGAAGGGUAUUUGGUUGGAGCUUUGAGAAAUCUUUGUGGCGAUAGAGAUGGAUUUUUGACAGUAACGAUUGAAGAUGGUGGGAUUGAUAUCAUCUUAAAGCUUCUACAGUCUAGCAACCCGGUAUCUCAAUCAAAUGCAGCUUCUCUCUUAGCUCGUCUCAUUAGGAUUGUCACUUGCAGCAUCUCAAAGAUUGUAGAGUCAGGUGCUGUGCAAGUUCUUGUUCAGCUUCUAAGUGAAGAGAACGAUGUUUUCGUGCGAGCAAGUGUAGUCAAUGCUAUAGAAGCCAUCACAUCAAAGUCGGAAGAAGCUAAGAACGUGGUUAAAGAUUGGAACGGGGUACACCUUUUGAUCAGCGCAGUGGUUGCUUCGUCUAAAGAGUCAGUCAAUGAAGAAACCGAACGCGUUUUACAGAGUUAUGGCACACAAGCUUUAGCUAACUUAUGUGGAGGAAUCUCUGCUUUGAUAGUGUUUCUUGGAGGCUUAUCUUUAUCUCCACGCCUCACCGAGCCCGUCGCUGAUAUUCUUGGAGCUCUUGCUUAUGCUCUGAGGAAGUUUCAGCUAACUUGUGAUAAUGAUAGAGAAACGUUUGAUCCAAAACUAACAGAAGCAGUACUUGUGAAACUACUUAAGCCUCGAGAUACUCAAUUGGUCCAAGAACGUAUCUUGGAGGCUAUGGCAAGUCUAUAUGGAAACGUCGCUGUAUCAGAAUCACUCAACAAUGUGGAAGCUAAGAGGGUUUUAGUCGGGCUAACGAUCUUGGCCACAGCCAGUCCACGUGAGAAGAUGAUAAUCUGUUUGUCGAAUUUAUGCAAAUAUGAGAAUGUUUGGGAAGCUAUUGGGAAGAGAGAAGGGAUACAGAUUCUCAUACCGUUUCUUGGUUUGUCCAGCGAACAACAUCAAGAACUGUCCGUCGAGUUCUUAGCGAUCUUGACUGAUAAAGUCGAAGAAAGCAGAUGGGCUGUAACUUCUGCAGGCGGGAUUCCUCCGUUAUUACAGAUACUAGAGACCGGCGUGUCUCACAAGGCGAAGGAGGAUGCGGUUCGUGUCCUCUGGAAUCUAUGUAAUCACAGCGAAGAAAUCCGCGUCUGCGUUGAGAAAGCAGGAGCUAUUCCUAAACUCUUGGGGCUACUAAAGAACGGUGGACCAAAAUCUCAAGAGAUCUCAGCGAACACGCUUGUGAAGCUGAUUAAAACAUCUGAUCCAAGUGUUAUAGAGCAAGUACAUGCUCUGUUUCUCGGAGAUGCUCCUAAAUCAAAGACUCAUUUGAUAAGAGUUUUAGGCCACGUUCUUGCAUCGGCUUCGUUGGAAGAGUUUGUAACCAAAGGCUCUGCAGCGAAUAAUGGACUAAGGUCACUUGUUCAAAGACUUGCUUCGUCGAACGAGAAGAUGAAAGAUAACGCAGCUUCUGUCUUGGCUGAUCUAUUCACUUCAAGAAAAGACCUUUGUGGUGGUCUUGGAUUCGAUGAGGAUGAUAAUCCAUGCACAAAGCUUUUAAGUGGAAACACUCACGCUGUUGCGACGCAGUUAGCUCACGCCUUAGGCUCUCUAUCAAAUCCAACAAAGAAGAAGAAGAAGUUAUCAGGUCCAGAAGCCGAAGUGAUCAAGCCAUUGAUAAAGUCAGCGAAAACAAACCCGAUAGAGUCGUCAGAGGAUCCUAUAUCCACUCUUGCCAACCUUCUUUCAGACCCGAAUAUCGCAGCCGAAGCACUAGAUGAUGAUGUUGUUUCUGCUUUGACAAGAGUAUUAAGAGAAGGAACAAUACAAGGCAAGAGAAAUGCUUCACAAGCUCUUCAUCAGCUACUGAAGCAUUUCCAGGUUAAUGAUGUGUUCAAAGGAAACGAUCAAUGUCGAUUCGCUGUUCCUGAGCUCAUCGAUCUCUUAAACGCAACUGACCUGAACAACAACGCUUUUAUCGACGUUUUAGAAGUACUCUCUCUGCUUGCCAAAGCUAAAUAUGGUGCUAACUUGUCACAUAACCCUGUCUCUGCAUUCACUGAAGCUCCUUCGAGUUUAGACUCUCUUGUCCGUUGUUUAGCUGAAGGUGAUCCUAUGGUGCAAGAUAAAGCAAUUGAGAUUUUGUCUCGCUUCUGCAGAACACAGUUUGUCUUGUUAGGUGAAGUUCUGGUCACACGGUCAAAAUCAAUCUGUUCGUUGGCUAACAGAACAAUCAACUCAUCAAGCCCUGAAAUCAAAGUAGGAGGAGCUAUGUUGCUCGUGUGUGCAGCAAAGAAGGAUAAGAAAUUAUGCACAGAAGCAAUUGACCGAUCAGGAUAUACGAAAAGCUUAGUGACCACUCUUCUUGAUAUGUCAAAGCAGAGCUCUAAUUGUUUUUCCUAUAGAGUUGAGAUUCAAAGACCAAGAUCUUACAUCACAAGCAAUUUAUGCUUAAAGAUUGAUGAUUCUGAAACAGUUGAUCCUGUUUCUGUCCUGGGAAGCACUGUCUCCAUGUGGUUACUCUCCAUAUUUUGCUCGUCUCACUCCAAGAACAGACAUGCUAUAAUAGAAGCAAAUGGACUUGAAAUUAUUGCAGAGAAACUUCAAAGAUAUAAGUCCAACAUACAGGAUAGUACGUCGGAUUCAGAGGAGAAAUGGAUUGCUAUAUCACUCCUAGCUGUUUUGUCACAAGAACUAAACGUUGUCUCAUCUCCAGUAACAGCAAAUCUUGUGCCAACCCUUCCACUUUUCAUGCAAUCUGAUCAGACAAUUGAUGGAUAUUUUACUGCACAAGUGUUGGCAGCGUUAGCUCGUCACAAGAACGAUAAAAUCAUUGCGGAAAUCAUGAAUUCAGAUAUCGUAGAAGCUUCGAUAAACUCGGUUGGAAAUGCAGAAUCAGACAGAGGAAGCUUUGGUGCAUUAGCUGAAGAGCUAUCUCUGUUACAAAACCCUUGUGAGGCAACUUUAGAGGCACUCUUUGACGAUGAAAGAGUAAGACACAGUUCACUUACCGAGAAAUGUAUUCCUUUGCUUGUGAAUCUCUUCAAGCCAAAUGCAAGUAAACAAGGAGCCUUUCCGGUAGCUGUUCGGCUUCUGAGUCGUAUCGCAGAGUGUGGUGAUGAUUCAAAUAAACUACUUAUCGCCGAAGCUGGAGCUCUGGAUGCUCUAGCGAAGCACCUCUCUUCAAGCCCUCAAGAUUCGACUGAGUUCACCGUCUCUGAGUUGUUAGGAUCACUCUUCCGCUGCCUAGAAGUCACACAACAUAGAACAGCUAUAAGCUCCAUGAAACAGCUCAUAGGAGUUCUUCACCUUGCAAGUAGAAGUACCCGCUACAGCGCUGCGAGAUCGCUCCGCGAACUUUUUAGCUUUGAGCACAUCAGAGACUCUGAAUCAGCAUGGAAAGCGCUUUCUCCACUUUUUGAAAUGUUGAACACUACGUUGGACAGUGAAAGAGAAGCUGCUUUAACAGCUUUAGUGAAGCUAACUAUGGGGAAAAGCUCGAGGCCAAAUACUCUUAACCGUCUUGAAGGAAACCCAUUGGAGACUAUCUACAAAAUCUUAUCUUCAGAUAGUUCAUCGCUUGAAUCAAAGACAAGUGCUGCGAGGAUAUGCGCGUUUAUAUUCACCAACGAAAGUUUAAGAGAAAGCUCGUCUGCUGCAGAUUGCAUAAUACCUCUGUUAUCACUUAUCCGGUCAGGAACAAGCACUGUUGUGGAAGCUGGGAUGGUUGCACUUGACAAACUCUUGGACAGCAAAAAAUACUCAGAAGUUGCAGAGGGACAUGACUGUGUGAAUCUGUUCUUCGGCUUUGUCACUUCCGGAAACUAUAUGAUCAGCGAGGCUGCGAUUUCUUGCCUUGUGAAAAUGGCUAAAGACAAGACCCCGCGUAAAAUCGACUUUAUUAAAAUGGGGAUAAUCGAGCAAUGCCUUGGUCAACUUACCACAUACCCUCCAAGUUCUCUGUGUUCAGUAAUCGCAGAGCUUUUCAGAGUCUUGACCAACGUCGGCUCUGUAGCUAGAAGCCAAGAGGCGAUAAAAAUGGUACAGCCUCUCCUCUUGAUUCUGCUGAGACAAGACUUGGAUUUUCAAGGCCAGCUCGGCGGUUUACAAGCCAUAGCAAACAUCUUGGAGAAGCCAACGGUUCUUGAAUCACUAAAAAUCGCAACUUCAGCAAUCAUUACGCCUUUGAUACCGUUACUCGAAUCCGAAUCUAUAGCCGUCCAACACGCAACCGCAGAGCUACUCACUUCUCUAUUCCAAACGCAACGUUUCCAAGAAGAGAUCAUGACCAAAGAUCUCAUCCCUCCUCUUGUGAAACUCGCUGGGAUAAAAGUAAGAAACUUGCAAAAGAUAGCGUUGACUGGUUUAGAGAAAUCCUCGGUUACAUGGCCGAGAGAGGUAGCAGAUGCAGAAGGAAUCCAAGAGCUCUCUAAAGUUAUCAUCGACGAGGAUCCUCAUCUUCUUGUAUCUCUAUGGGAAUCAGCAUCUUUCAUACUCUGCAACAUUCUCAGAUUCAAUCAAGAACAUUACUACUUUAUCGUAACCGUACCGGUUCUUGCGAAAAUGCUAUUCUCAACAGCCGAAAGCACGGUGAUCUUAGCCAUCGACGCGUUGAUCAUCCGCGAGAAGCGAGAUUCGUCAAGCGUUCUAGAAAUGGCUGAUUCCGGCGCGCUCGAUGCGCUCCUCGAUCUGCUAAGAUCUCACCACUGCGAAGAACUUUCUUCAAGGCUACUCGAAAUCAUAAUCCGCAAUCCAAAGGUUAGAGAGACGAAAACCUGCAAAUUUGUCAUCACUCCGUUAUCAGAGUACUUACUAGACUCGGAGACGAGAUCGGAUUCUGCGAAGCUUCUCGUGGCGAUGGCUCUCGGCGCCAUUUCUCAGCACGAAGGACUCUCUAAAGCAACUGAUUCGGCGUUGGCGUGUCGUGCGCUGAUCAGCUUGAUCGGGGAAGGAGUGAGCGAUGAGAUGCAGAUGGUUGUGAUCUGCGCUUUGGGAAACUUUGCGAUGCAUAGUAGAACAAGCAGAAAAGCUAUGGCGGAAGCUGGUGGUGUGCGUUUGGUUCAGGAGAUGCUUAAAACUUGCAAUCCUGAAGUCUCUACUCUAGCAGCUCUAAUGAUCAAGUCUCUCUUCUCUAAUCAUACACUUCAAGAGUAUGUCUCUUGUGAAAUCAUCAAAUCUCUAACAGGUGCGAUGGAGAGAGAGUUUUGGUCGACGGCGAUGAUAAACGUGGAAAUAGUGAGAACGCUAAACGCGAUUCUCACGACGUUUCCUAAACUCCGAGGAUCGGAGGCGGCAACCGAAUGUAUCCCUCACCUAAUCGGAGCUUUGAAAUCAGGCGAGAAAGAAGCGAGAGAUUCGGCGUUGGAUACGAUUUACACGCUAAGACAGUCGUGGAUAACAAUGCCGACGGAGACGGCGAGGUCUCAGGCGGUUUUGGCGGCAGAGGCGAUUCCGGUGCUUCAGUUGAUGAUGAAAUCGAAUUCUCCUCCGGAGGGAAGCUUCCACGAGAGAGGAAACAGCCUCUUGAAUUGCUUGCCGGGAAGUUUGACGGUGGCGAUCAAACGCGGUGAUAAUCUGAAACGCUCAAUGGGUAACACAAACGCGUUUUGUAGCUUAAUCAUCGAUAAUUGCCCCACCAAGAAAACCAAGGUUGUGAAACGCACGAGCUCACCGGUUUGGAAAGAAUCAUUCACAUGGGACUUUCAACUUCCUCCAAGAGGACAGUUUCUUGAAAUCGUUUGCAAAUCAAACAACAUUUUCCGAAACAAAAAUCUUGGAAAAGUGAGGAUCCCAAUUGACAAAGUGUUAACAGAAGGGAGUUAUAGUGGAAGUUUCAAACUAAGUGACGAAAACAAGAGAGAUGAGUCUGAUAGAAGUCUAGAAGUCGAGAUUGUAUGGUCAAAUCAAACAUUUUGA